CAAAUCAGAGAGAGAAUCCAGAAUUGAAAAAUCCAUCAAAAAAAAAAAUGACCAGCAUCGUUGCUAAGCUUCUCCGCUUCCACUCCUUGGCUUGAGAAUCAAUCUCGUUCGUUCAAAAAUGGCAGCAGCCCUGGGUUCGCCCUCUCUCAUCCCCUCUUCUCUCUGCUUCUCCGGCGAUGGUCCCCCGUCCCUCUCUUCUUCGUCGUCGUUAAGUUUCUCAGUAGGCGGUACCAAUCACAAGAGGAGCUUCUUAUCCGUUUCCUCUUCACCUUAUCGAAGAAGGGGAAUCUAUCGGGGGCGGCGUUCCGUAGUGGUGGUGUGUGCUGCUUCGGGAGACUACUACGCUACUCUGGGUGUGCGUAAAUCUGCCAACAUCAAGGAGAUUAAAUCUGCCUAUCGCCGCCUCGCCCGUCAGUAUCAUCCCGAUGUGAACAAGGAACCUGGCGCAACCGACAAGUUCAAGGAAAUCAGUGCUGCCUAUGAGGUGCUAUCAGAUGAUCAAAAGAGAGCACUCUAUGAUCAAUAUGGUGAAGCCGGUCUUAAGAGUUCUGUAGGAGGAGGACCUUCCGCUACUUACACGACAAAUCCCUUUGACCUCUUCGAGACAUUCUUUGGUGCGAGUAUGGGCGGAUUUCCCGGGAUGGACCAAGCUGACUUUGGAACAACUUCUCGCCGCUCCAGGGUCUCCAAAGGUGAUGAUUUACGCUAUGACAUCACCUUACAACUGUCGGAGGCUAUUUUUGGAUCUGAGAAAGAAUUUGAUCUUACGCAUCUGGAGACAUGCGAAGCUUGUGCUGGCACCGGUGCAAAACCUGGGUCUAAGAUGAGAAUAUGCUCCACUUGUGGUGGCCGGGGUCAAGUUAUGAGAACUGAGCAAACCCCAUUCGGCUUGUUUUCACAGGUUUCUGUAUGUCCAAACUGUGGUGGAGAUGGUGAGAUCAUUUCGGAAAAUUGCCGGAAAUGCUCUGGAGAAGGACGUGUGCGUAUUAAAAAAAGCAUCAAGGUCAAAAUUCCUCCAGGUGUUACCGCAGGUAGCAUCCUUAGAGUUGCCGGGGAAGGUGAUUCUGGUCCCAGAGGUGGACCUCCAGGAGAUUUGUAUGUAUAUCUUGAUGUUGAAGAUGUCCGUGGGAUUAAAAGGGAUGGCAUAAACCUCUUAUCUACUCUUUCCAUCACUUACCUUGAUGCUAUACUGGGUGCGGUUGUUAAGGUGAAAACAGUAGAAGGAGACACUGAACUGCAGAUACCUCCGGGUACUCAACCUGGUGAUGUGCUGGUCCUGGCAAAGAAAGGAGCACCAAAACUGAAUAGACCAUCUAUCCGCGGUGACCACUUGUUUACAGUCAAAGUUACUAUACCAAAUCAAAUAAGUGCUGGAGAACGGGAGUUACUGGAGGAACUUGCUUCUCUGAGUGAUACGUCUAGCAACCGGCUGCGAACUCGUGCUAAGCCUCAGCAAUCCACUACUCUAAACAGUGCACCUAUUAGCUCAGAAAACAGGACGGAUGAAGUUAGGGAGAAAAGCCAAGAACCGGAGCAAGAAAACGACUUGUGGAAGAACAUCAAAGAUUUUGCAGGAUCGGUCGCAAAUGGAGCCCUGAAAUGGCUGAGAGAUAACCUCUAGAGAUCCAUGUUCAACUAACAUGACCUGCUUUAAAAGAAAGCCCUCUAUUCUUUUUCAGUUUGGUGGAUGUUAAUUACCAAGUCAUUAUGAUUUGAUGCGUGAGAAGAAGAGCGAUUCUGCUCUUACUACCCCACUCCUUUUAUUAGUACAAAUACAACCGGUAUUUCGACUUAGUUUUGUGUUUUUGGUAAAACAAAAAAAAAAAUCAGAGAACUGUAAUUUUUAUUCUGCACCGUUCUGAUCUUGUACCUACUAAAAUAGCCAGUGAAUUGUGAAAAAAGGGUGGAGGGGGAGUCGUCUUGAGGGAGUUAAUUGUCAA